AUGACGGUGCCAACAACGACAUUUGUUGCGGCGCGGUCGCCGAGGGACUCGACCAUCCUCAAGAUCCAAGACGACGACGGAAAGGCCGACGCACCCACCGAUGUCGUCGAAGGCUGCUCCGUGCCGUUUAUGUUUCUCAUGUGUGCGCCAUGCAUGGCCAUGAACAUGGCGUGGGCUGCGCAGUGGGCAGCCCUGGGUCCGCUGCUUCAAAUUCUGUUGCCGUCGACCGCAGUGCAGCUCGUCCAGCUCGUCGGCCCCGUCACCGGCGUCAUUGUCACGCCGGUCGUCGGCGUCCUCA